AGUUAAAGAAAAAAAAAGAAACGAAAGAUGGGAGAAUCCAACAACCGUUCUAAUUAAAUCUAUUAUCACCACAUCCGUUCCACCGGAAGGGCACUAAAUCUUCUUUUGUUCUUGCCACGCCAGAUUCGAUUGUGUCGCGCGAGAUGCGCUUUUGUUUUACUUUUCUUUUCUCUCUCUCUCCAUCUUUUUCUUCUUCACGUCGCAGCUUCCAUGUUUGCAUCUUUUUCUUCUUGAUCUGUAAAUUCUAAUUCGCCCGCCCUUCCCCUUCGAGUUCUUUGACAGGGCGCAUCCCUAACCUACACGUGCCCUAGAAACCAACCCCUGAAACUGACCCGUUUUCCAUCUCUCUCUCUCUCAACACACACACACCAUGACAACCCGAGAACAAGAUACGAAUUGAUCGGACGUUUCCGUCAUAAUCGAGUAAACUUGUAUUUAAAAGAAUUGGAAUAUUGGAAAAAUAAUUUACAAAGAUUUAGUUUUGAAUUGGGCGUUUGGUGAUGAUUGUGCGAUAUUAAAAGGGAGGAUUAAAAUUUGGUCCGGAGACGGAUGCUGCGCCACCUCGGUUGUAUCCGCCGAGGGAGGAUAGAGAUAGCGUCGCGACGCCCGAAUCUAUGGCAAGCAGAGAGGCAGGUCGCCCGUUGCUGCUACUGCUGAUGCUGUGUCGUCCUCCUCCUCAUCCUACUUCACCUCCUCAUAAUCAUCAUCCCGAUGUUGUGCAGUUGUUCGGUGCCAAUAAAUCGAGUGCGACAGACAACAUCAAACAAAACUUACAGUUAGUUAGUUUCACCUAACAAAACUGCAGAAAGAAGUUCAGUUUUAUUAUUUCAACAACUGCAAUUACAUUUUCUGUUCUCACGUCGUUGUCGUGAUUUUUUUAAGUAUGGUGAAGGAUGUGCGGAUGAUGGGUGGAGCGCCGUCCGGUCGGGCCCAAAGCAGGACGAAGCUCUGAUUAAAAAUUAAACAAAAAAAAAAAAAAAAACAAAACAUAGUUUUUCUUCAAUCUGUGCGGAUUGUGUGCGGUGAAGGGGAGGAGAGAAGUAGUGACCAACCAUGUCGUGGGAAUCGCUGAACUCACAUCACGACUUCAUCAGGUAUGGCGGCGUGAGCCAUCAGCUGUCGGCGACGCGACUGCUGUCGUCUCCGGAGGGUUCACGGAAUCCUCUGGACGGUGGCGUGAGCAUCGGCGGGGCCGGCGCCAUGGAGCACCACCAGUCGUGGACGUGGGGCGAUUCAUUCUCGAGCUUACAUCGCGAUACCGCCUACACAGAGGUGCGUAACCCGCGACCCGCCUAUUUCACGUGGAGCUGCUUCCGCGGUUGCAGAGCUCGCAUCCAUCACAGCAUCGCCAAGAGGAAAGUGGAACAGGGCGUGAAACUCUAUAACCAGCACAAGCAGCAACAGGCGGUGCGCAAAUGGAAGUCCGCCCUUAAAGCGAUCCGAAAACGGGAGGACAAGUUCGAGCUGCUCGGCUAUCUCUAUCAGGCCUACAUGGAUUGGGGAAAAUACAGGGAUGCGUUGGAGUUUGCCCAUAAGCAGCUGUACAUCUCGGAAGAGUUGGAUAAUCCGAACAUGAGGGCGGAAUCUUAUUUGAAUUUGGCGCGCGCCCACCAGAGACUCGGAGGUUUGGAAAGAGCACUGGCUUAUGCCAGACACUCGCUGUACAACGAUUGCGAGCAGUGCGCGACUGCCGGACACGUCCAUCUCACAGUCGGCUCCGUCUAUUUGGAGUUGGCUGGCUUCAACAAAGCCCUGGAUAGCUUUCAGCACGCGCAUCGCAUAGCACAGGCCGUCCACGACAACGCACUCGAACUACAAGUGUACGUUGGGUUGUCGGAGCUAUUCAGCAGGCUGCAGGACGCGGACAAAAGCGCGCGCUACGCAUCGAAAGCGUACGAUUUGUCAAGAUCGUUGCAGUUAGGCGACCUCAACAGCAGACACCACAGAGCUGCCCUCCUGCAGAUGGCUUCGGCACUAAGGAAACAGGGCGAACUGGGAGACGCGCACGACUACUGCUCGGAGGCGACAAGGUUGGCAUUAGUUUCCGGGGACCAGGCGACGUACGCCCGCAGCAUACGCAUCAUGGGCGACAUCUACAGAAAGAAACAAGAUAUCAAUAAAGCCUUCCGGCAGUACGAGACGGCGAUGGGUUCAGCUGCGGCGAUGGGCGAUCGCGUGAUUCAAAUGGAGUCGAUGGAUGGCGCUGCUAGAUGUUUGGAGGCGUUACGGCUGCAGCACAAGAUAUGCAACUGUCGACCCUUGGAGUUCAACACUAGGCUUCUGGAGGUGGCCAGCUCCGUCGGCGCCAAACUUCUGGUGCGAACGAUUCGCAUGCGUUUAUCGAAGAUCUACCAUAGCUUAGGCGACGAAGACCAGAAGCAGCAUCACGAGAGAGUCGCGACGCGGCUUCAGCAGGACCUGGACCUCACCUGCGGCGGCUGCGGAUCCCCCUACGGCAUCGAAGGAGAUUCACUGGAGGCGCUUCCGUGCGCUCACAUUCUGCACGCCAGAUGCGCCUACGAUAUUCUACGAAGGAACAAAAAGAAGAAACGCAGCUGCCCCGAUUGCGACAAAGCGAUGAACUCGAGGCUCUACCUCAACUGCAACGAUUACAACAACACUUACAGCCCGGUCGCCCUCUCCGUCUGCUCCUCGGAAAGCCACUGCGAAUCGCACCAGGCGACUAGUUCAGUUUAAACGCACCAAGUGAAGAGAGAAGAAAAAAAAAAUCACACACUCACACAACACACCAAUCAAAUCACCAAAUACUAAUUUAAUCAUUUAAAAUAUAGCGGAAAACGCGAGAAACGGACGCAACGCCGCGUGGCGGAUUUCCAUGUAAUUAGUUUUAGGUUUAGUUUAAAAGAAAAGAUAAUGAUGAAUAUCUAUUCUUUCUCUCUCUCUCUAUUUCUUCCAUCUUAAAUGUAUUGAAUUAAACGAAAAAAUCUAACUAAUUAACUAAAGACAUACUACUAAUACUAAUAACUUAGGGCUGCACCGAAAAUUAAUGACGAAGUAAACGAAACGUAACUUACUCGAGUAAAUAAUGAUAAAAUUCCUUUAGCGUUUAAGCACCACACAAAAGAGAAAAAAACACCAAAAAAAUAAAUUAAAAUAAAUGUAUGUCAGCGUUGCGUCCCGCAUCCCUCGUCGAUUGGAAACGUCGAUCGAAGACAACAAAAAAAAAA